AUGAAAACAUUUACUCUUCUUUUUCUCUUAAUCACAAUAAUCUCAGUUUGUCUCUCAAGGCCUCACCAUGACGUUGGUGGUGGUGGUUUUACGCUUGAUCUUAUUCAUAGAGACUCUCAACUAUCCCCUCUUUACAACCCAGCCAAUGCACCGUUAGACCGUCUUCAAAAUGCUUUUCUUCGUUCUAUAUCUCGUGCUUCUCGUCUCUUGAGAAGGGCUGGUUUUGCCUCUAAGAUUGAGGCAGAUAUUUCCGGGGUUAUGGGAGAAUAUUUAAUGGAAAUCCAGAUUGGAACCCCACCAGUACAAGUUGUUGGCGUGGCUGACACUGGUUCAGACCUUACAUGGGCCCAAUGUCAGCCAUGUAAAUACUGUUACAAGCAAACGGGCCCACCCUUUCUUGUACCCUCCUCUUCAUCCACUUACGAAUCUCUUUCUUGUGAGUCGAAACCUUGUUUAUCCCUAUCCGAUAACCAAUUGUUUUGUGACGCGAACAAUCUUUGCCAUUACAAAAUGGGCUAUGGUGAUCGGUCGUACUCGUUAGGCGACCUCGCGACCGACACAUUUUGGUUCGGGCCAACACCUUUAAAAAACGUUGUCUUUGGUUGUGGUCAUGAGAAUAAUGGCACUUUUAGUGAGGGUGCUAGUGGUAUUGUUGGUCUUGGGGGUGGCUCACUUUCUAUUGUGAACCAAUUAUCAUCAAUUAUUCAAGGAAAAUUUUCUUAUUGUCUCAUUCCAUAUUUUAGUGAAACAACAAAUCAAACUAGCAAGAUUCAUUUUGGUAGUGAAGCCAAUAUUUCCAACCCAAAUGUCGUUUCUACUCCCCUAAUAAAAAAAGACCCCCCAACUUACUAUUAUGUCACGUUAGAAAGUAUCUUGGUUGGAAACAAUAAUGUGUCAAAAAAACAAAGUUCGUCGAAAAAUGAAGUGCACGAAGGUAACAUUAUCAUAGACUCGGGGACAACGUUAACGUUUGUCCCCCGUGAGUUCUAUAGUGACCUAUCCUCAAGACUAAUCGAAGCCAUUGAGGGAGAAAGCGUGCCAGACCCGCAAGGGAUGUUUGAGAUUUGCUACAAGGAUUUGAAUAUUGAAAAAGUCCCUAAUGUUACGUUUCGUUUCACUGGAGCUGAGGUUGUGGUACCGCCGGUUUACACGUUUUUGGCGGUCCAAAAGGGGAUCAGUUGUUUUACGGUUGUUCCAUCGGAUGAUAUGGCGAUAUUUGGGAACUUGUUGCAACGUAAUCUGUUGGUUGGAUUUGAUUUGGUAAAUCAAAAGGUUUCAUUUUCGCCUACUGAUUGUACUACAAAUAUGCAGUAG